GUCUGCCACAGAUUUUCUCGGCUCACCACAGUUGAUGCAUUUAAACUGAAGCAGCUGGAUUUUACAUCACGUCACAUUUCUCAUACAUUAUUACGGACAAGUGAGAGAAAGGAUGGAAUCAAACAACAAUCAAACGGGAAAGAAAAGCGAGGAUAAAGCUCACACUCUAAAUAUAAAUCUGACACCAGACACUAAUGCAGAGCACGCAGCAGGAGCUUCCCAGUCACCCUCCUCACUCAUUGUCCAAGGUUCGUCUGACACGUCUGAAAGGAACAGAGAACCCAACCCUCAGGUCCCAUCUGGUCCUGUGACAGAGAAGGAAAAUGCUAUUAAGCCAUCACUCCAGAUAACUUUUAGCACAUUCACUGUCAAGGAUGGUGAAGAUAUGAAAGUAGAAAUCCCAGUGUUUGGUCAACCAGCACCCAAGAUUGAAUGGAAAAGAAAUGGUGUUGCAGUUAAAGAGACAUCGAGGCUCCAGGUUUCAGCUACACCCUCAUUAGCAGUUCUUCAUAUCAGACAUGCUGCCAGGGAGCACUCUGGUCAAUACUUAGUCACAGCGAGCAACAGCGCUGGAGAAUUCACAGGAGAAAUCAGUGUGGUUGUUCUUGAAAAGCCGGAUCCGCCCAGAGGUCCUGUGAGGAUUGAUGAAGUCAGUUCUGACUACGCUACCAUCUCAUGGGAGCCACCUGAAUACACAGGAGGAUGUCAGCUAGACAACUACAUAGUGGAGAAACGUGGAACUACAAGUACAGAGUGGCAGACCGUGUCAGCGACCACAGUAAGAACUACAAUCAAAGUCACCAAGCUGAAGACAGGAAGUGAAUACCAAUUUAGAGUGUUUGCAGAAAAUAGGUACGGAAAAAGUACGGCAAUCACCUCUCCUAUUGUAAUUGCACAAUAUCCAUUUAGUGUGCCCAAUGCUCCUGGGACUCCCUUUGUGUCCACCGUGACAAAGUACAGCAUGGUUGUUGAAUGGCAGCCCCCAAACAAAGAUGGAGGCAGCCCCAUCAUCGGCUAUCACCUUGAACGCAAAGAGAAGAACAGCAUUUUAUGGACCAAGCUGAACAAGUUUGUUAUAACCGAUGCUCGCUUCAAAACAAGCGGCCUGGAAGAGGGCAUUGAGUAUGAAUUCAGGGUCUUUGCUGAGAACAUUGCUGGACUCAGCUCAUCGAGCAAGAUAUCUGAAUGUUAUGUGGCGAGAGACCCCUGUGAUCCACCUGGAAAGCCUGACGCUGUUGUCAUUACGAGAGAGAACGUCACACUUCAGUGGGAAAAACCCAAGUACGAUGGUGGAAGCACCAUCACAGGCUAUGUUGUUGAAAAGAAGGACCUCCCAGAUGGCAGAUGGAUGAAGGCAAACUUCACUAAUGUUAAUGAGAAUCAGUUCACAGUUACAGGUCUGACAGGAGGCCAAAGUUAUGAGUUCAGAGUAACUGCCAAGAAUGGAGCUGGUGUUUGGAGCCCACCUUCAGAAGUUGUAACCAUCAUCGCUCAGGAUGUUAUUGAAGCACCCACAGCAUAUAUUGAUCCUAAGUUCAAGAGUACUACCGUCAUUCAGGCGGGUGAGACGUUCAUUAUUGAGGCUGAUUACUUUGGGAAGCCCCUUCCUGAGGUACUGUGGCUCAAAGACAGAAAAGAAAUUGACAAAGUUACACCGAGAAUGGAGGUCAAAAACACCCUCACUCACACAACUCUUACUGUCAGGGACUGUACACGAGGGGAUGGGGGCCAGUUUUUACUGAGCCUUAUUAACAUUGGUGGAACUACGUCACUGCCAAUUAAUGUGAAGGUCCUGGACAGACCUGGUCCUCCGGAUGGAUCUUUGAGAGUGAAAGUUAUCAGUGCAGAUAAGUGUAAUCUUCACUGGAACCUCCCUUUAAAUGAUGGCGGUGCCUGUGUUUCCCACUACAUCAUUGAAAAGAGGGAGACCAGUCGUGUUACAUGGACAGGGGUUGAUGCUCAUGUUGAAGCUGUCAGUUACAAAGUAACAAAACUGGUGCCUGGAAAAGAAUACAUAUUCAGAAUUGCUGCAGUGAAUAAAUUUGGUGUUGGUGAAUUUUUGGAAUCAGACCCCUUCAUUGCACAAAACCCAUUUAAAACCCCUAGUGCACCAUCUACUCCUACAGUGAGCGCAGUGACUGGUGACUCUGUAGCGCUAACAUGGGAAAGGCCAGAGAGCGAUGGAGGCUCAGAGAUUGAUGGCUACAUCUUGGAGAAAUGUGACAAAGAAGGUGUCAGGUGGACUAAAUGCAACAAGAGAAGACUAAACGACUUCCGUUUCCGUUGCACAGGGCUCACUGAGGGACAUUACUAUCAAUUCAGAGUAUCGGCAGAAAAUGCAGCUGGUGUGGGUGCACCCAGUGAGCCAAGUGAGUAUAUAAAAGUCUGUGAAGCUACUUACCCACCUGGUCCCCCUACCAACCCUAAAGUGACAGACUAUUCCAGCAAUACUGUAUCUCUGACUUGGUCAAAGCCCAUCUAUGAUGGUGGUGCAGGCAUCAGUGGAUUUAUAGUUGAAAUUAAAGAAACAGGAGAGGAUGAGUGGAUUACAUUCACAGGUGUAGAUGAAACAAACUACACAGUGAAGAGACUGAGAGAAAAUGCAGAGUAUAAUUUUCGUAUACGAGCGAUUAAUGCUGCUGGAAUUGGAGAGCCUGUGGAUCUACCUGGGUCAGUGAAAGCAGCUGAAAAACUGGAGGCACCUGACAUUGAGCUGGACACCACCUUGAGGAAGAUUGUGAACGUCCGAGCCUGUUCCACCUUACGCCUCCAUGUCACCAUCAAAGGGAGGCCAGAGCCUGAGGUUAAAUGGUCAAAGGAAGAUGGAUCUCUCAGUGAGCGUGCUCAAAUUGAGGUUACAAGCUCCUUCACAGUGCUAUUGAUUGAGAAUGUCAACAGAAAUGACUCAGGAAAGUAUGUGUUGACCGCUGUAAACUGCAGUGGCUCUAAAUCAGCUUUCAUCAACGUUAGAGUUUUGGACUCUCCCAGUGCCCCUACAAACCUAGAGGUGAAAGAUGUAAAGAGAGACUCUGUGUCCAUCUCCUGGGAGGCACCUCUCAUUGAUGGAGGAUCAAAGAUUUCACACUACAUCAUAGAGAAGCGUGAGGAAGCUAGAAAGGCCUUCACAAGCGUUUGUAGCAAUUGUGUCAGGAACUCAUACAAGAUCGACAAUCUCCAGGAAGGUUUCUUUUAUUAUUUCCGUGUGUUGGCUGUGAACGAAUUUGGAACUGGACAACCAGUAGCAACCACUGAGGCUGUUAAAACAUCUGAGGCUCCUCUGACUCCAGGUAAAAUCACUAUCAGUGAUGUCACUUGCAAUAAUGUGACACUCUCUUGGGAGAAACCUGACCAUGAUGGAGGAAGCAAAAUUACAUGUUAUACUGUAGAAAUGCAAGCAAAGGGAGAUGACACAUGGACAAUAUGUUCAGAGAGUAAAGCACUGGAAGUGACAAUUAAUGGGCUGACAAAAGGAAAGGAAUACUUCUUUAGAGUGAGUGCUUUAAAUGAAAAGGGAAAAAGUGAACCAAAGUAUUUGUUGGCGCCUGUUACCGUUAAGGAUACUAGUGCUGGGCCCAUUAUUAAUUUGCUGUCCAACACUUUCAGUGUGAAGGCAGGCAAUGAUUUUAAGAUUGAUGUUCCAUUCAAGGGUGUUCCAGCACCAACAGCAUCCUGGAAAAAAGAUGGCAAUGCAUUGAAAGAGACGAGCAGGGUAAAUGUACACACAUCUGACACAUCAUCUCAGAUCAUUAUCAAAGAUGCCUCCAAAAUAGAUGUGGGUGUGUAUGAAGUGACUCUGUCCAAUUCUGUUGGAAACACGUCUGCUGAAAUUGUGGUUAAUGUCUUUGAAAGACCUGGACCACCAAGUGACCUCAGUGUAGAUGAGGUGAGUGCUGACUUUGUGUCUUUUUCAUGGCAGCCCCCACGUUAUACUGGUGGAUGUGAAAUCACGAAUUAUGUUGUUAAGAAGAGAGAUACAGGCAGCACAAUAUGGCAGACUGUUUCAGCUACAGUUGCAAGAACAUCAAUCAAAAUCGCCCGUCUGACACAAGGUACUGAAUAUCAGUUUUGUGUUGCUGCAGAGAAUCGCUAUGGCAAGAGCAUGUUUAUUGAAUCUGAACCUGUUGUUGCCCAGUAUCCCUUCAAGCCCCCUGGUCCACCAACUGACCUCCAUGUUGUGCAGGCCUCAAAGUCUGUAAUGGUCAUUGCUUGGAACAAUCCAGAUAGUGAUGGCGGCAGCCCUAUCAUGGGGUAUCAUAUUGAAUGCAAAGAUCAAAGCAGUAUUCUGUGGACAAAGUUAAACAGAAGCCUGGUGAGUGAGAAACAGUUCAAGGUAACGAGUGUUGAGGAGGGCCUGAUAUACGAGUUUCGAGUCUGUGCUGAGAAUAUGGCAGGUAUUGGACCCUGCAGUAAGACAUCUGAUCCUGUUGCAGCACGAGACCAGUGCGAUCCCCCACAGAACCUCACAGUCACCAACAUAAGCAACAGCUCAGUUUCCCUCUCAUGGGAUAAACCAGAAUACGAUGGUGGAGCGAAAAUAACUGCUUACAUUGUUGAGCGUAAAGAGCUGCCAGAGAGUUGUUGGCUAAAGUGCAAUUUCACUAAUUUACUGGAAACCUCUUUGGAAGUGACUGGCCUCACAGAGGGUGAACAAUAUGAUUUCCGUGUGAUUGCAAAGAAUUCAGCUGAACUCUUCAGUGCACCCUCAGAAACCACAGGACCUGUUACUGUACAGCAUGAUGUAGAACCACCCAAAAUUAUCUUGGAUGACAAACUGAGACAGGUGGUGAUUGUCAAAGCAGGAGACCUCCUAAGAAUAGAUGCUGAAAUCGCUGGUCGCCCAAAUCCUACAGUGUUUUGGUUGAAGAAUGGUAGAAAUAUUGGCACGAAGGGAAGGAUUGAGAUGACUGCAACAAAGACGCAUACCUCUCUUCUCAUCCGAGAAAGUGUUAGGAAAGACUCUGGACAAUAUACUUUGACCCUACAGAAUACAGGUGGUACCACAUCUAAAGCUAUCACUUGUAAGGUCCUGGACAGGCCAGGCCCACCUGCUGGACCUCUGGAGGUUUCUGGACUUUCAGCAGAGAAAUGCACCCUGUCAUGGGAACCCCCUCAUGAGAAUGGUGGUGCUGAGAUCAUGUACUACAUUAUUGAGAAGUGUGAAACCAGCCGUGUUGCCUGGACUCUUGUGUACGGUGACAUGAUGGCAACAACUUGUAAGAUAACCAAGCUGCUCAAAGGAAAUGAAUACCUUUUUCGAGUGAGGGCAGUGAAUAAAUAUGGGGAGGGUGAGACUUUGGAAAGUGAGCCCAUCAAGGCUGUGGAUCCCUUUAACGUCCCAUCUGCCCCAAUGGAUGUUGAGGUCACAAGUGCAACUAUUGAGGCUAUGACCAUCUGCUGGAAGAGACCAAACUCUGAUGGUGGUAGCCGCAUCAGUGGUUACAUCAUUGAGAGGAGAGAAAAGCAGGGUGUUCGCUGGGUAAGAGUCAACAAAAAACCAGUCUAUGACUUACGAGUCAAAGCCUCUGGUCUGCAUGAGGGAUGUGAGUAUGAAUUCAGAGUCUUUGCUGAGAAUGCUGGAGGGAUAAGUGAACCCAGUGUCCCGUGCCCACUAACCGUGGCAGAGGAUCCAAAGUUUCUACCUUCACCUCCAGCAAAGCCCAUCAUAGUUGAUUCAUCCAGGUCCUCGAUCAGUCUGUCAUGGAACAAGCCUUUGUUUGAUGGUGGAGCAGCAGUUACAGGGUAUAAAGUUGAGUUCAGAAAAUCAACAGAAGAAGACUGGACUGUUGGUGUUCCCAACACAGAUAAAACAGAGUUUACAAUAACUGGACUCACAUCAGGGACAGAAUAUAUUUUUAUUGUCAGAUCCAUGAAUAAGAUUGGCAUCAGUGAGCCAAGUCCUGAAACAGAGCCUCAAAUAGCUGUUGAGAGAGAGGAAGAGCCAAGGUUUGACAUUAGCAACGAGAUGAGGAAGACCCUACUUGUUAGAGAUGGCAGCUCCUUCACUUUGACUGUGCCUUUCACAGGCAAACCUGUUCCCAGUGUGUUAUGGGACAAAGCAGAUGUCGAUCUCAGAGUCAGGGGACUCAUACACACCACCAAUGGCCUCACCUCUGUCACAGUGGAACAAGCAACACGUGACGAUUCUGGCAAGUACAUAGUCAAACUGCAAAAUGCGGCUGGAUCUGCCUCUUUGGCCCUGAGUGUGAGGGUUUUAGAUUCCCCUGGUCCACCAACUCAUAUAAUAGUCAAGGAUGUGACCAAAACCUCUGCCACUGUUACCUGGGACAUCCCUGACAAUGAGGGAGGAGCUCCUGUCAAGAACUACUAUGUGGACAUGCGGGACAUCAGUAGACAAGGGUGGACAAGACUCACUGACAAAUGCUGUCGUCUGUCCUAUAAGGUGUCUGACCUAGAGGAGGGAGGAAUCUACUUCUUCAGAAUCACUGGGGAAAAUGAGUAUGGGAUUGGUGUCCCAGCUGAGACCAAGGAGGGAACGAAAAUGACAGAUACAACAGAUUGGGAGACAAAUCCAGGAGCUUAGCUUGUCUCUAUCCUGGGGCUGAGGUAGCCAUCUCCAGAUCUCUACUUCAAGAUCAUAAUCUAUAUCUCACUUACAAAACAUUCAUUUUUGUUCUAUCCCCAAUAUAUAUUUAUUUUUUCAUUUAGAAAAUGCUCUUUGAAUUAAUACAUUACCAUAAACUGCUGUUUUGCAGGUAAAAAUAUAUAUAUUUUAAUGUUUGUAUGAAUUAUUGACUUUGCUGAAUUGUAUUCAUAGAAAAAAGAUGCAAUGAAUACCUUUUUGUUUCUGCUGCAAACAAGAGCAAAAAAUACUCUACCUGCUGAGAUUAAACAUGCUAUUUCUGUACUGAUUUUAAAUCCCUAUUAUAAUCUCUGUGUGAAUUCAUUUUUCGUUGGUUUUUUGGUUAAUUUUAUUGUUGUGUUUCCUUUUUGUCAAACGCUUUGUAACUUUGUUAAGAAAAGUGUUAUAAAAAAGAAUAUCCGUAUUUCUUUCCAUUUCUGUCAUUUCAGUUGCUAACAUGAUCACAAAGAGUUGCAACAACUUAUUUUCAUAAGGUAUCAUGACUUGUUUGCUUGCUGUCUUUUCUGUCUCUCACACACACCAAACACGAUUUAUGAACAAUAAUGGAGAAAUAAUAAGGUCAAACUAAAUUGUGAA